UCCUUUACACUCUGGAGUCUGGAGUGAGCGUGAGAAUCACAAUAACCAGUAGCACCCGCCACCUGCAAAUAUAUGGAUUCCCGCCUCCACACCCUCUCUGACGGCGACCACCUCGUCGACCGCGCCUUCACCAUGGGUUCCAUCCUCCUCGAAGUCGCCAACCACUCCUACAGAAACCGCGCUUCCGUUCACAACUCCCUCACCUGGCCCCUCCCCCCUGACCUCACCAUGAAGGUCUUCUCAUUGGUCGAUACAAGUAGCCUGUGCCAUGCAGCAGCUACUUGUAAGUUGUUUAGAAACUGGGCUAAAGAUCCUUUCUGCUAUUCACACAUUGAUUUGAGAACACCUGUUCCAAAGGUGAACGAUGCACUAGUCGCCACUAUCAUACACCGAGCUGGAAAGGCACUAAGGUCUCUCAUGCUUGGUGUUGUCCCUGAUGCUACUACUUCAUCCGGAUCAUGUCAGCCACUUUCUGAUACUCGCAGAAAAUGUUAUUCAUGUGGUCAUAAGAGGUCACAGAAGGAUUCAUGCCAUCUUACAAGAUGCUGUUUAAACCCUUUAAAUGCAGAUGGUGGUGCUCUGGGGGCCCUUUUGAGAAAGCUACACUUGUAUAAUAUUGGACCGAUGGAUUCACCGUCACUUGUUGAGACAUUGUCAGUAUGUCCUUCUCUCCUUGAUCUGGAAAUUGUAGGGCUAGAUGUUGAACUGGGGUGUAUCUUAAGUUCAGUGAGUGCAAACUGCCACUUAAUAGAGCGUUUUGCUUUUGCAGCUUCAACAACUGGUCGUAAUGAAAUUCUCAAUAUCCAAACCUGUUCACAUCUAGUAGCUGGUUGCCCACAUCUAACUUCUUUAUCUCUUAGAGGCAUUAGGAUACAUGAUUAUAAAGUUCGCAUAUUGGUUAAGGGGUUUCAGAAACUGAAAUAUCUCGACUUUUCAAGAUCCGUUUCAAUCACGGGAAGCUUCUUGAGAAACCUUGGAAAUAGCAACGGUGGGAAUUUUCUUGAGUUCUUAAAUUUGAGGGAUUGCAUGCAUCUCAAAGAGAUGGAAGUUGCUAGAUUGUUGACAGCAAUCAUUGCAGGCAAUUUCAAAUCACUUGUUCAUCUCGACAUAUCCAACAGGGAAGGCUUAGGAUUAAGGACUGACCGGCAGCAUACGUGCUACAGCUCUAGUAUUAUGCCGGUCAAGGAGGUUUUGGAUACAAGGCCUUGGAUGCGUUUGAUGGUUGAUUAUCCAUCAGACAGAAGCAACAGAGACCCCUGAUACUGGUGAAUAGUGAGAGAAGUCCUCCAUCACCAUUGAGCAGCUAAAAUAGUAAUUGUGCUAGCUAUGGUAUUUUUUAAAGAAAGUCCCGAUGGCAUCGACCUUCUGGCCCUGCAACGGAUCACAUUUUAUCGCAUUGAUAUAAGGAUGACAAUUUGGUGAACUAGGGGAGCAAUAGAGGAAGAUGAAAAUGGUACGAUGGAUACCAGCUCCCCUAUAGAAGGUUGUUUUCAUUAAGCAUCAGUACAAUGGAUUUAUUUUAUUUUUUCGGAAGAGAUGUAUUCUACUUUUUGUGAACCCGAAAGGGAUCUUUUAUGUAGUUGGAGCCCUCCAUAUUUGUCUUGAUACACAGUUCAAAUUGAUGUCAUUUCUUCCUUGCUCCCUUGCUCCCUUUGAAAAUUGAGUUGUAUGCAGAUGGGUUAAAAACACGCAAUUUUUGGAAUCACAUGAUGGUGAAAUUUUCGGUAGUUCGAUACAUCAUGUUGGAGAUCACCAUUUUUAAUGUAGAGUAUUUAUAGUCCAUUAUCAUUUACUGAAUCAGAAAAAUAAAUAAAAGAAAAGGAACAAUAUAUUAUGCAAAUCAAUGAAAUCAUUCACCGAAUUAGUGGUUAAGAAAAGGGAAACAUUAUUCAUAGCAACGCAUUCGGGUCCAGUUUUGGUGAUGCAAUUUGGAACGUACUAGCUAAACUUACUAUUUACUAAUUACUAUAGUUUAUUGUGAUACUGCUAACAGACAAUUUAGGCAUUGAAUAUGAAUUAUGAAAUCACAACCCCUUCUCUUAAAAGAGAGCGAAAAAUGAAGUUGAACAAAGGAGAACGGUAGAAGUGUAAAACCAAAGCCAACUAACGAUGAAGCUUAAAGCUCUCUUAUGAGCAGUAAUGGGUAGUGGAUACCCAAGAAUAAAUAAAAUAUAUAUACAUAAGGAAAAAGGCUAAGAAACCGUAGCCGCAGAAAAAUGUGAGGUUAAAAUCAUUAAUCAGAUCUAAUUAUAUAAAAAUAUAAGAGGGAGCAGAUAAUAAUUAAUAAGUGCAUUGAGCGGCAAAAAUGAUGGGAGUGAGACUGACACUGCCUCUGAUGGCGGUUCCUGUGUCCGCAUUCCCACGUAGCUCAAUCCAAACACGAAUGAAUUGGAGAACGAAAGGGGUUACGGCGUUUGGUGUGAAUCCCAGCGAGUCAAAAAAAGAAGCAUUGUUCUUGGAAGAA